CUUUGCCUGGCUUUUAUUUACAAUCGCCACACUCAUUAUGAUUGACAGCGUGACAAACCAGUUAAUGUACAGAACAGAGAUUUGUGACCAAUCACAUUGCGCGGUGGGCGGGUCGAUGCAGAGCGUUUCCUCAUGUAUCUUCUUCAUUCCAUGGACUGACUUGUUUGUUGUCGACCAAGAUGGAGUUCCUUUUGGGAAAUCCUUUCAGUACUCCGGCUGGACAUUGCAUUGAAAGAGCUACAGAUGGAUCCCUGCAGAGUGAAGACUGGACCCUUAACAUGGAGAUCUGUGAUAUUAUAAACGAAACAGAGGACGGGCCAAAGGAUGCUAUUAGGGCGGUAAAGAAGAGGCUAAAUGGCAACAAGAACUACAGAGAAGUGAUGCUGACUUUAACGGUUUUGGAGACAUGUGUGAAGAACUGUGGCCAUCGUUUCCAUGCGUUGGUCACAAGCCGGGAUUUUGUUGAUGGUGUUCUUGUAAAGAUUAUCUCCCCGAAGAACAAUCCACCCACAAUAGUUCAAGAUAAGGUCCUCGCCCUGAUUCAGGCCUGGGCAGAUGCAUUCAGGAGCAGUCCCGAUCUCACAGGUGUGGUGCAGAUUUAUGAGGAGAUGAAGAGGAAAGGCAUCGAGUUCCCCAAUUCAGAGAUGGAGACCCUGUCCCCUAUUCACACACCUCAGAGGGCAGCUUCAGCUCCAGAGGGUGACUCUACUCUUCAUAAGUUCAACACAGUGUCCCAGCCCACAUCUGACACUGUCCCACCAGCCUACAACACUGCUCAGGUCCCCAACAUCCUCUCUGCUGGAACCAUCAACCCCACACCAGAACAGAUCUGCAGGCUGCGCAGUGAACUGGAUAUAGUGCGUGGAAACACUAAGGUGAUGUCUGAGAUGUUGACGGAGAUGGUCCCUGGGCAGGAAGAUGCGUCUGACUACGAACUACUACAGGAGUUGAACCGGACUUGCAGAGCGAUGCAGCAGAGAAUAGUGGAGCUCAUCUCCUGUGUUUCCAACGAGUCUGUCACAGAGGAGCUGCUACAUGUCAAUGACGACCUCAACAACAUCUUUUUGCGCUUUGAGAGGUACGAGAGGUUUAGGUCUGGCCGGACCACAGCACAGAGCGUCAACAAUGGGGUUCUGAGUGAGGCCACAGAGGACAACCUGAUAGACCUGGGUCCUGGGUCUCCCGCUGUGGUCAGUAACAUGCCCUCCUCUCCGGCUACGCUGUCUUCUCGUCUGGCUGGCCUAGACAUGGGGGCAGACAGUGUGAGCAGCACCUUGAGCUCUUUGUCCAGCAGCAAACCUGCUCCAGCACAGGACGACUUUGACGUGUUUGCACAGACCAGGACCGGGACUGUGCCUGAACCACUCAAAACCACAACAGCAGGAGCAGAGAGCUCAGGUGCUCCUCCAACCCUGAAUGUCCUCCAGUCCACUGCAGCGGGUGUCGGGGGCCAGGCCUCUGUCAUGGAUGACAUAGAGGAGUGGCUGAGUACGGAUGUGAAAGGGGAUGAGGGUGAAGAGGGUGUGACAAGUGAAGAAUUCGACAAGUUUUUGGAGGAGAGAGCCAAAGCCGCAGAGAUGGUCCCCACACUUCCAUCACCCCCUAGUGGAGAACCGGGCGCACAGCAAGGCACCCCCAGCCGCAAGAAACCAGACCGGCCCGAAGACUCGCUGUUCGCCAUGUAGACUUUGACCUGUGACCUCUCACCCCACGCCUACGACCAGCUGAGCAGCAUCAUCCAACCCAACGCUAAACCACACCCACGUCCUCUUUUUUAACACUACAUUCAAACACCAAAAGAUGAAAUCCGAUUGGACGAUUAGUGUCCGACAAUGAGGAAGUAUCUGGGGCGUGGAGUUACGCUCGCUCAGCCUGUCGCGGACUGCAGAGCUUCAAGUUGCAGCUAAUUCUAGAAAAGUAGAGUUUUCUAAAAACAGGCAUAUUUAGAUGGCAGAUAUUUAUUUUAUUCAUCGCCCAAGCAUGCAUCAACACUUCAUCCAAGAUAGACAUUCAUAACCACCUUUAGAUUCUUUAGGUUGUUGUCAGUCCCUUAUUAUAAUUGUACAUCUGUAAAUGGCAAAUGCCAAGUAUAUGAGUUAUAUGUAUAUGAAAGAUUUAUGUAGAGUUUUUGAUUUAUUGGAGCAAGCUUAUGUUCCUGCUGCUUUGACAUAAGGGAUGUACCUCAUAGUGAAAGGGAGCAUUAAUCAUUUCAAAACAAGUAAAAAAAAGGGAAUGUAUUGUUUUGUUUUUAAUUAUACAUAUUAAAUGUAUGUAGAUAAGCUGCAGUUAAUUUAUUUGAGAUUUAAUUGAGAUUUGAUUUGCAGGUGAUUUUAAAGCAGGUCUUAAUUUUGCAUGCUGGAGAAUAUUAACCAUUUUGUUUUUAUUUAAUCACAAAUUACAAUAUGAAUUAGUUGUUUUAAAAUAGAUUUUUUUGAAAUUCAUUUUUGAGGACCAAAAUUCUGCUGCUGCGAGGUGACAUAUGUAUAAGUAAUUGGGUUGUACAUAUAGAGCUACUUUUGACCCACAAUUCAUAACAUCCGUGGAUAUGUUAAGCCUACAAACUCAGUAGAGAAAGCCGUUUGCCAUUGAUUCUCUUAUUUCCCUACACUGACAUCUUGGAAGGCGUGACCUUUUGGAACAUGACAUUUGUUUUCAGAAAUAAGCUUGGCGUAGACAGCACUACAAAUAAGACAUUUACUCCCUACAAUAAUAAAACAAUCACUGCUAGCUUAAAACAAGAUUGCACUUUUGACACUUGCCUUUCCCAUACUGUAAAUCCGCUACACCAGUUGUAAUUACUCACAAAUGAUAGAAAUUAUUGAGAAAAUUAUACAGAAAUAAUUUAUUCUGUGCUUUUUUCAGUAUUUUGAAUCUUUUAUUGUAAAAAAAAAUAGAUAUAUGUCAAGGGAAGAGUGAAAUAAGUCAUGUUGUAGUGUUCUUUUGAUACGUUGCUGCUGCUGGCUAAUGUAGUUUAUUUGUUAUUGCUUUGUAGGUGUUCCUGUUGGUUUCAGUGUCUCUAUAGUAAACAUUAUACUGAUUUUUAAGGAAAUUGGAGCUGUAAGGAGUGGAACAAAGUAUCUAUCAGAUGAAGAAGCAGUUCAGACCCGCCUACCUGUAUGGACUGACCAUACACGACUAAUGAAACUCACUUUUUGACAAAGCAUCUGCAUUGCACAAGAGAUUCCUGAUUCUGUUUUAUUGUUUUGGUGUUCGAUGUGUGUGUGAUCUCUUCCGUAAAAGGCCUCCGGUCAUAUGUCGUGAUAACUGUAAUACUCUGGGUUUCAUUCAGUGUGCUGCUGUCAGUGACUUGUUCCUCACAGAACUCCUCUGCCACUGUCUGGUGUAAUCUCAAUGCUGUAUCACAGAUGGCUGUUAGACUGGACUACACUGUAUGAAGAGACCUGCCCAGUGGAGGCUGCGCUGUGUGACUGCUGCUUUUCCACUUCAUUUCUCUUUGUGUUGUUUGACUUAUGCAUGAACUCUAAUAAAACAUUAGCAGUGUGUGAUA